AUGGUUAUUUUUGUGGUUAAGGAAUUUUGUUCAUCCUUUGGUCAAUUUGAAUGUAAUUGUGGCAAUCCUCGUUGUAUUGAUUCAAGUUCUGUGGAAGAUGGAGUGGCUGACUGUUCUGAUGCUAGUGAUGAAAUUAGGGAAUCUCCAAAUAUUCCUUGUGGUGAUGCUAAAAUUCCAAGAAGAAGAAGUGGAAGUAAUUUUCGAAGAAAUCUUGAGGAAAUGCCGAGGUUUUGUUCAAAAGAGAAAAUGAGGAAUUGCCCAGAAGAAUUGGGACAAAUAUGCGUGGAAUGGCCAAAAAACCAUCAAAGAUGUGUUUGCCGUCUAGGCUUUUUCCGGGCACCUGGCCAUUCUGCUUGUCUUCCAAUAGAAAGCUUUCCACAUUUAAAUGUCUCAAAAGUUGUGGAUUUAACAGAUGAAUAUGCUAGUGGUCGGUUAAAUUGUUCAAGACUUGUGUCAGAUUUAUCAAUGAUGUAUCCAGGCAUUUUUCUUUUUCGGAGGGAAGGAGAAGCUGGCGGUGAAGGGGAAAAGGAAGAGAAAAUAAGUUCUAAUACUAGAAGAAGUAGCAACAAUAAAUUAGCUAGAGAUGAACCUCCUGUAUCCGAUGAUGAUAUUUCUGAUAAAGAAGAGUGUACAUUGCUUGAUGGUAUUGAUGAAAAUAAAAUUGGGGGGAAAGGAGGAUGUUCAAACGGAAAAAUUUGUGUUGUUUCUGGACAAAAUAAGAGUGAAAUAAAAGGAAGAAAUUUGACUGUUAAGGGUAUUUGUGUUGUAAAUGAGUGUUCUGAAUCAACUUUGAAUGACUGCCAUAAGGAUGCACGUUGUAUUGACAAUGAUUUUGGUUAUGAAUGUCUUUGUCCUGAAGGCUAUUUGGAUACAUCCUUAAAUCCUCAUCAGGCACCUGGACGUAAUUGUAAAAAAUUAGUCAAUGAAUGUUUAAAUCCGUUGCAAAAUGAUUGUAAUCCAAACGCUGAUUGCUUGGAUGAACUUGUGGGUUUUAGUUGUCAUUGUCGACCAGGAUAUGUAGAUAUAGGUGAUGGCAAAAGAAGAGGACGAAAAUGUGUGAAGAAGGCUGACACUAAAAACAACAACAACAAACUCUGCAUUGGAAAAAACUGCGAAUCAUCGCCAGAGGCCAUUUGUGACGAAAGGGCGCCAGAAGACGCUACCUAUCUCUGCCAUUGUCCACCUGGUUUUAUUGUCGAAUACGUUGAUGAAUCACUAUCAGAGGAAUUUUCAAAAAGAAAGAAAAAACAACAUCCACGCGGUGCAGCGAUUUGUCUACCUAUCAGCUCAUCAGAAGACGAGGAAACUUUUCAACAACACCAACAAGGAACAAAUUCAUCAUGUAUUUAUUGUGAUCCUGCUACAACUGAAUGUGUUAAUAAUGUUUGCCGUUGUUUACCUGGAUAUGUUCCUUUAAAAUCUGAACAACAACAAAAUUUAACAACAAAUUGGAAAUUUUCUUGUGUCAAAUCAAAUGGAAAUUAUAAAGGUGCAAAUCCAUGCCAAGACUAUUCUUUGAAUGAUUGUGAUCCAGUAGCAGAAUGUGAUAGUGAUCAACCUGGUUAUUUUCAAUGUAGAUGUCCUUCUGGUUAUUUAGAUGUUAGUCCAGAUAAAAUUAAAAUGCCUGGGAGAAUAUGUAAAAAAGUUGAAAAUGACUGCACAACAGGUAAACAUAAAUGUGAUACAAAUGCUGAAUGUGUUGUUACUUCAAAUGGGUAUACCUGUCGUUGUAAGCAAGGAUGGUUAGAUACAAGUAAUGAUAAGGAGCAUUCUCCAGGGAGGAGUUGCAAACAAAGUAGCCAAUGCCGUAAUAUUGAUUGUGCUCCAGAAGCUGAAUGUGUUGAAAAUGUAUUAGCAGGACAACCACCUAUUUGUAAAUGUCAACGUGGCUAUGUUGAUGUUUCUUCUAAACAAGGAAAGUUGCCUGGAAGAGUUUGUUUGUUGGUGCGAAAUGAGUGUCUUCAACAUGGGGAAAAUGAUUGUUCUCGUGAUGCAAAUUGUAUUGAUACAGAUGAAUCCUUUACUUGCCAAUGUAAAGAUGGUUACAACGAUGAAAGUCCACAAAAGAAUAAAAAACCUGGUCGAAUUUGUUCAAGGAAAAAUUUACCUUCAACACCAGAAUGUGAUGUUAAUGAUCCGAUGAGUUGUGAUUCAACAAGACAUGAAGCUUGUCAAUUUAUGAGUGGGACAUAUAGAUGUGCUUGUGCAAAUGGUUAUAGUCGAUUGCCUGAUGGACGUUGUUUGGCUAUUAAUGAAUGUUUAGAUUCUAGACUUAAUGAUUGUUCUCCAGAUGCUGAUUGUAUUGAUGAGACGAUUGGCUUCAGUUGUAAAUGUAAAAGCGAUUUUGUUGAUGUUUCUCCACCAGGGUCUCGUUUUGGCAUUUUAUGUCGCCGAAGAGUUAAUGAAUGUUCUGCCCCUAAACAAUAUGCCGUUGAUUGUGAUUCUAAUGCUAAUUGUAUCGACACAGAUGACAGCUUUAUUUGUCGAUGCAGACCAGGAUUUGUGGAUAUUUCCGAACAAUUCAAUAGAUUACCGGGACGAAGAUGUAUAGAAGCGGUGAAUGAAUGUUUAGAUUCUAAACUGAAUGAUUGUUCUGAGCAUGCAAUUUGUGAAGAUUCAAAGGAAAGUUAUACAUGUAAAUGUAAAACUGGAUUUCUGGAUACAUCUCCAGAUGCUCGUAAAUAUCCUGGACGUUUAUGUAUUAAACCUAUACAAGAAAAAGAAUCAAAUUUAACUUCAAAUCCAUUUCAACUUUCUUUGGAUACUUGUGAUCAAACUAAAGGAAUUUAUGCUUGUAGAAAAGGGUUGGAAUGUAUUGAGGAUACCGAUGGAAAUUUUAUUUGUGCAUGUCCAGAAGGAUCGUUUUUAUAUUCUGAUGGAACUUGUCGGUUAACUAGUGCUUGUAAACAUUCUAUGGAGUGUGACAAAAAUGCUAUUUGCGUCAAUCUUUUUGACUCGUUUCAAUGCCAAUGCAGGCCAGGAUUUUUUGAUAAAUCGCCUGAUCCUGAAACUAAACCUGGAAGAAUAUGUAAAGAAUUAAUAAAUGAAUGUGCAAAUCAAGCUCAUGAUUGUUCACCCUUUGCUGAAUGUGUAGACGCAACUGACGGUUUUGCUUGUAUUUGUAAGGAAGGUUUUGUUGAUAUAUCUUCACAACAUGAAUUGCUACCUGGAAGACGAUGCUCUAAUGCAAGUAAUGAAUGUGCCGAUCGUUCUUUAAAUACGUGUGAUGAAAGUGCUGAUUGUAUAGACACACAACAAGGAUAUAGUUGUCGUUGUAUUCCUGGAUAUGUAGAUGUUUCUACUAGUGCAAAUUUACCUCCUGGACGUGUUUGUACAGUUCAAACAAGUUGCCCAAAGCAAAAAACAGAUUUGAUGUUUUUGGUGGAUGGUUCUGGAAGUAUUGGUUCUGCUGUUUUUAGAAAUGAGGUUCUUCGUUUUAUAAGCGAUUUUGUUGAACUUUUUGAUAUUGGACAAGAAAAUACACGAGUUGGAUUAAUUCAAUAUAGUGAUCAAAUAAGACAUGAAUUUGACUUAAAUCAAUAUUCUGACAAACAUUCUUUACUACAAGCAAUAGCUCAAACUCAAUAUUUGACUGGUUUAACAAGAACUGGGGCAGCAAUACAACAUAUGGUUCAAGAAGGUUUUGCCCAACGUCGAGGAGCACGUCCUCCUUCCUCUCCUCUUCCGUCAUCGUCAUCAAGUAGUAGUACUGAUGUAAGCCGUGUUGCUAUAGUUAUAACAGAUGGAAGAAGUCAGGAUAAUGUAACAGAACCAGCACAAAAGGCUAGAGAACAACAUAUAAAUACUUUUGCUAUUGGAGUUACUGAUCAUGUACUUGCUUCAGAAUUGGAAUCGAUAGCUGGUUCUCAACAACGCUGGUUUUAUGUUGAUCGCUUUAAGGAUUUGGAUAUGCGACUUCGAUCAAUUGUUCAAAAACUAGCAUGCCCCUCUCCAUCACGUCCCACUCAAUUAUCAACUGGUUGCAGUGUUGACGCGCAAACAGGAUGUGAUAGAACACGGAAUGAAAUUUGUACUUUGAUAAAUAAGAAACCAACAUGCCACUGCCCUAAUGGUGGAUUUGAUAGACAUCCAUUAACCCAUGUUUGUGGUGGAGAUUUAUGCAAUCCUGAAUUACCAACUUCUUGUCCACAUCCUGAAUUGUGUCAACGAACACCUUUUGGAAAUCAUCGCUGCGCUUGUCCUGCCUCAUAUGCACGAGAAAUGCAUUCAGGAAUAUGUAUAUCUUCUUCACUUUCUCAUAUACCUUCAAAUAAACAACAUUUGCCUUCAAACUUUACUUCUUCAACAACCUUUUCUCCAUCACUUAAUGUCAAAACUUGCCCUCCAGGAAUGGCAUUAAAUCCUCGAUCAGGAAAUUGUGGACCUCCUGGAUCUUGUGAUCCACUUAGAAAAAGUGAAGAUGAAUGUGAUAUACGUAAACGUGAACAUUGCCUUUUACAUACUUCUGGACAAUUUCAUACUUGUCAGUGUUUACCAGGAGAGAAACGACAUCCAGCGACUGAAAUUUGCUUGAGAAAUGAAUGUUUAAACAAAAGAGAUAAUGAUUGCGAUCCUGCUGCAAAAUGUAUUGAUACUGAUGAAAGUUAUUUGUGUGUUUGCCCUCUUGGAUAUUUAGACCAAUCUCCAGAUCCUGUAAACAAACCGGGUCGUCUAUGUGUUGGAGAAGUUAAUGAAUGUGCUCUAGGUCAAACACACACUCGUUGUUCACCUGAUGCUUUGUGUGUAGACACCGCUGAAGGAUACAUUUGUCGUUGUAAACCUGGUUUUGUUGAUUUAUCUCCAAAUGCGCGGCAUGAAUCUGGAAUUGUUUGUCGUAAAUUAGUUGAUGAAUGUUCUCGUGAAGAAUUGAAUACUUGCCACCCAGAUGCAUUUUGUGUGGAUACUCAUGACUCAUACAAAUGUAUUUGUAAAGCCGGAUUUAGUGAUCUAGAUGAAUUCCGAAAUCCAGGUCGACAAUGUGUAAAGGUGCAAGAAAGUAAUAGUAAAUGCCAGGAGGGAAGAAAUGAUUGCGAUAAGAAUGCCAGAUGUAUCUAUGACGCAUCAACAGACAAAUAUGAAUGUGUUUGCCCUCCCAACUUUCGUGAUAAAAGUGUCGACCUUGUCAAUGCCCCAGGCCGUGUCUGUAUUCCAUUCAUACCUGAGUGUGACAACCCAGCUUUGAAUGAUUGCGAUCUGCCGGAUCAUGCCAUUUGCACAGAUACAGAUGAGGGAUAUACUUGUCGUUGCCGUCAAGGCUUUCUUGAUAUUUCUCCAAAUGUUACACAUAAACCAGGCCGUCUUUGCAAACAACUUGAAAAUGAAUGUGCUAAAGGCACUCAUGAUUGUGCUAAAGAAGGUGGAAUAUGUCAAGAUACUCCUGAUUCUUAUACUUGUCAAUGUUCUCCAAAUUAUUUGGAUGUUUCUUUGGAUCGAAAAACUAGGCCUGGUCGUAAUUGUAAACGUUUGGUUAAUGAAUGUGCUGCUGGUCAACAUGAUUGUUUUCCAACAGCAAUAUGUACAGAUACUGAAGACAGUUAUCAAUGUCAAUGUCCUAAAAAUUAUUUGGAUAUUGAUGAAUGUACACAAGGAUUACAUGAUUGCUCUCCAAAUGCAAUUUGCAAUGAUACAGAUUCUGGUUAUACAUGUAAAUGUACUCAAAAUUUUGUUGAUGAAAGCCCUGAACCUGCUCAAAGGCCAGGACGUAUCUGCAGACCUGCAUUAGUUAAUGAAUGUGUUUUAAAGAAAGAUGACUGUCAUAGUGAUGCCGAUUGUUUGGAUUUAGCACAGGGGUAA